UGCGGGCGCGGUGCUGUCACGCUCGCACGGGGAGGAGGCUGAGGUGGCGAUGGCGGAUUUUGAUCCUUACGACGAUCGGGCCUACAGCAGCUUCGGCGGCGGCCGGGGCUCUCGUGGUGGUGGUGGCCUUGGUUCCCGCAGACAGAAGGAGCUGCCAACAGAACCCCCUUUCACAGCCUAUGUGGGGAACCUCCCCUUCAACACUGUCCAAGGAGACAUAGAUGCCAUCUUCAAGGAUCUCAGUGUAAGGAGUGUACGAUUAGUCAGAGACAAGGAAACAGACAAAUUUAAAGGAUUUUGUUACGUAGAGUUCGAUGAGGUGGAGUCUCUCAAAGAAGCUCUUACAUAUGAUGGUGCACUUUUGGGUGACAGAUCACUCCGAGUGGACAUAGCAGAAGGCAGAAAACAGGAUAAAGGUGGCUUUGGCUUCAGAAAAGGUGGCGGGCCUGAAGACAGAGGAAUGGGAGGAGGUUCCCGAGAAUCCAGAGGAGGUGGAUGGGAUUCCAGAGAUGACUUCAAUUCUGGAUUCAAAGAUGAUGACUUCUUGGGAGGCCGGGGUAGAGGAACCCGCCCUGGAGACCGGCGGCCACCGGGUGCCUCCAUGGGAAGCGGUGGCACUGGUCGCUUCAGAGAUGGACCUCCCCUUCGUGGCUCUUCCAUGGAUUUCAGGGAGCCAACAGAAGAGGAAAGAGCACAGCGGCCCCGACUUCAGCUCAAACCUCGAACAGUUGCCACCCCCCUCAAUCAAGUAGCCAACCCAAACUCUGCUAUCUUUGGUGGAGCCAAGCCCCGUGAGGAAGUAGUAAAAGAGCACGACUGAAGCUGGGGUUGAGAGGGAAUGGGGAGGCGGGAGAAAAAGCAAGACAGUUCUGCUGGAAUGUCAACCCUGCAGUUUACCAUUCCUGCCAUCUGGCAUUUGUCCUCUUUGAAACUGAAAUACAGAGCUUGUGAAUGCAUGUCAGCUGUUAACAAGUGGUUUUUAGUACGUUCUUGGCUUUGCUGUAUCUAGUGCCUGCUUUGUGCUGAGUUUCCCUCUUCUGUUUCCUUCCAAGAAGCACAGUUGCCAGUAGAUAAGGCAGUGUAGCUGCUUCCACGAGUGUGGAGGUCUCUGGACAAAGGUGCUGCUUCAACUUCUUCCUUUCUGGGUUUGUUUUACUUUAGAAGCACAGGUUAGACUUGGUUAUUGCCCUGUAUUGUUUCCUUUCUUUUCUGGGUUUGUUUUACUUUAGAAGCACAGGUUAGACUUAGUUACUGACCUGUAUUAUUUCCUUUUACUUCCUCAGUGCUCCUCUUCUGACCUGCAUGUCUUGUUCUGUAUUGCUGUGGCUCUGAAGAGGAAAACUGGAGAGUCCAAAUGAGCUGAACAGAAAAAUUUACAGCUCUAACUCAGUAGUGACAUACCAUUUGUGACAAUUGGUGACAGAGUCACUGUGUACAGCAGAGCCCCCUGUGAAACUAAGGGGGAUCUCUGCCCUUUCGCACAGGUUACCAGGAGGUAGCAAUUUAAUAGGUGCAAAUAAAACUGGCUGACAAAGAAGCCUGGUGAAUUGGUGGUGGAAUCACUCUGGAGAGAGCAUCUGCCAGCAGGCCCUUGCUGGUGGCUGGCUCUUGAUUUCAGAAUGGUGUGACACUAUACCCUGAGCUCAAGGUUAGUGCUGUAAAAAUGUGCCUGUUGGAGCACAGCUGCUCACUGGCUCUUUCUGCUUACUUUUUUUUUUUUUUUUUUUUUGGGGUUUUACAUGUUUGGUAUAUUUUUAAAACAAAGUUUCUACAAAUAAAAUUGACUUUUUUAUUUUUGUUUAAUGAGUGGAUACUUUGCCAUGCAACCCCUGUUGCCAUUUAACCCCUGUUUUUCUUUGCCCAGCAGUGUACAGUUUGAAGACCUCUGCUAUCAGAACACCUUGAAAAUUGGCAGGGUAGAAAUCAUUCUGCUAGAGAUAAUUCUCUUCGUGUAGAAGUUUGGGUAAAAAAAAAAAAGCAUCUCUUAACUGCUGCAUCUCUCCUUGCUUGAAAUGUUUCUUGCCAGUGUUGUAUGGGAGGAGGGGGGGAGGGAAGGAAGGGGAGGCUGGAGCAGGAGCAGAGAGAUCAUUAAUGUUUAAAACCAAAACCUGGCUCUACAGCACUGAAGUGUGGAUGGUACAUCCAGUGCAUGAGAACAUCUUGGGCCCCUAAUGCUCGUGCUGACAGCUUUCAGGUCAGCCAGCCAGCAUACCAGAGGACUUGCAAGAGGAGCUGGAGGCAUGGCUGCUUCACUGCCAGCAUCACUGCUAGUAGAGAUUUUCUUCCCUAAAGUUACCUUUGCAAUGUCAGAGUCCCAGCAAUUCACAGAACUACUCUUUUCCUUCUUUCUGCCUGUCUCUUAAUCUGCUUCUGAGAUAAGAACCAUUUGUCUAACACUAAUACUUAAUUUAAGACAGACAUGCAUUUGUGUGGUUGUAUUCCAAACCAAUAAUUGACCUAUUUACAUCUUCAAUGUGGAAAAGAUUUUAAGAACAAAUUCCCGUAUAAAAAAACUCACCUCUGGUCAAGGAAGUUGACUUUUAAAUGUAAAAACAAAACAAAAAACCCACAAAAAAAUACCAAAAAAAAAAAGAAAAAUUCCAAACACUUAACACAUUCUGCUUCAUAACAAAAUAAAUUUAUGGAUAUGGUAUUUUGUGAAUGUUCUUUUAAAUAAAAGAAAACGUUAAGUAAUA